UUCCCAACCCAUGCCAUUCUGUGAUUGAGUCAGUGGUUCUAUGGUAAUAUCUGUAAUUUAAGUCUUCUGAGAAAUGCAAUAUUCCAGCGUAGUUUAUAAACAACAAAAAAAAAAAGGAGAAAAUGGAUCUUCAGUUAUGGUUACAACAAAAUAUUGUUUAAAAAUACAGACAGUUACAAUUCAAAACAGGAUUUUGUAUGUUUAUAUAUAUAUAUAUAUAUAUAGUGGUGUGUAUCUCAUAUAUAUUGUAUUGAGAUGCAUUAGUGGUCAGAUUUUUAAACCCAGUUAAUUGAGUUUAGCAGCUCUCCUUAUAUUGCAGGAAAUACAAUCUGAGUCUAUGAAAUUGGCUGGUGAGAUGGUUUGUGUGGUGUCCCUGACCCAGACACCUCCAAGGAAAGAGACUUUGUUUAGCGUUUCUUCCUCAUGCAAUAAGGAGAACAGCCACUGGAUGGAGCAUUUGAUCAAAGAGCCAAAACCGCAUACUUUUUCAAGUAGCAAUAAAAGUGCAGAAGAGAUUUGUGUUGAAGCAACUGAAAAAUUAAUCAAUCGGCAAAUACCAGGAAUAUCAGAGCUACCACUUUGGAAGUCCUUAGGCGUGCCUGGAAGCUCUGCCUUUGAACUCUAUCCAAAAAAGAUCAGCAAAAUUAUACCAAUUUUCAAAGGAAGGUUGAUGCAGAUGAAUGGAAACGCCACAAAUCAAACUGAUGGGAAGAAAAGAAAAAAUGUUGAAAGACAAUCACCGGUAAAACGUGUUAAAUCUUCUAUGUUGACUGUUUGCAAGUCCAGCUUAACUCAGGUUUAUAAACCUGCUACUCAUAUUAGCUCACUUCAGAUAAUUACUGAGAAAGCAUAUAUAAAACAAGAUGUACUUCAGUGGAAAACAGAGUCUAGUGGACAAAUGAUUAAUUCCGACUCUUCCAGUAACUCAGCUGCAGGUUGGAGUUCAUGUGAAGUCAGUCACAAUAAGGCAAAUUCUCCUUCCCUGCAUAAGAAUGUUAGGCCGGUGCUUCAGAAAUCUGACAUCAGUCCAAACCUAAAUACAUUUACAUCUCCCACUUCCAGUUCAAGAGCGGGAAAAAAUUUUGCAAGUCAAAAUACCUCACAAGUUCUCAGGAAACAACACCAGUCAAAGAAAGCACAUUUGCAGACUUGUAAAUUAGAGAAUGAAAUGACAAAUUCGAGUUUAUCACAGCAACAAACAAAGCAAACAAAGAAACCAAAUGAAGGACAAGGGUUAAAUAUUCAUGAAUCCAUCUUAAAUGAUACAGUGUGCAUUGCCAAAAAUGAUGAAAGCAAAGCAUCCUACUGUUCUAAGAACUGUAUUGUUAAGACAACCUGUCUUCAUUCCAACUCUGUCUGUGAACAGAUGUCUGCAGGGAACAAAUAUCUGAUAUGUGAUGAAACAGUGACCUCAAAACUGACUCGUUCAACGAAGGAGAGCAACAGGGAAGAUUCUGUAAAGAAAGGCUCUGCCAGAAAAAGGCAGAGAGAAGAAGGUUACUCAAAAUUAAAGAAAGUCAAAAGAAGUAAGCCUUUUAUUUAGGAUAUAAUGGAGUACUGAAGAAAAUUCAGGGCUUCCAAGAGACCAUUAACGUACUUGAGGAUCUCUGAGCUUUGUGAUCUUUACUCUGUUUAUGUCAUGUCACUGCUACCUGUUUCUGGAUGAAAAAUUGAAGGUUAAAUACAUACAGUCGAGUGAAUCCAUAUGUCACUACCUACCCCAGACUGUUUAGGUUAAUAAUCCUCAAAUGGUUUUGGAAAUUCAGCGAACUGUUUGGAAUUCUUUAAUCACAUUAUGCCUAUCCUAGCACUUGCUUACACGCCUGACUGCUGUUCCAAGUUAUUUUGAAGUUUCAAAUUUUUAUGUCAUAAUCAAAUAAUUAUUUGCUAUAUUAUCUGCAUCUCUUUGUUUCACCAGUAAGACAUUCCUAAAUAACUUCUUCUUGUCAAAUAGUUCAGAAAUAAACACUGUAGUUUUUCUUAGUCAGGGAACAAUCUCAAGGCUGGAUUUGAUUAUAUCUUCUUUAGCUCCUCUUAUGUCUUUUAGUGAAUUUCCAUUCCCGCAGAUAAAACCAUUGGGUAUGAAGGAUUUUUAAAGUCCAAUUCACAACACCAUUCUUGAGCAACUUAUGCAGAAUAUAUGUUGCUGGCAUUUAAGUAAUUUUAUCAAAUUAAAUGUAGUUACAAAUUUAUGUAUGAAUUAUUUUGAUCCCGUUAUUGUUGUUUGUAAGCGAAUAUUAUUGUGUUAUGUGGAAAUUAAGAGGCAAACACCAAUUUCUAAACUCAAACAAUAUAAAACUGUAGUAUAGCAUUUGCUUUGGUAAUACAUUACCAAAACCUUUUUUUUUUUUUCUAAAGGAUUUGGUACAGUGAGACUUCACGUGCUUUAUGAGAACUUUGGAUAUUGCCAUGGUUGUGUUUUUAUUUGCCUCAUGUUUCAUGUUAGGAUUUUUCUCUCCUGCAAUAACAAGUUUUUUUUAUCGUUAUUUAUUUCAAAUGGAAAAUGUUGGCAUAGCUCUAAUUUGAUGGUGCCAGCAUUUAAAAGAAAGUGAGCACUUCAGUGACUUGUAAAUUUAUUGCAUACAAUAUAAAAAAAA